AGCUCGGGUGACGUCACCGCCCCGGUCCCCGCAGCGGCCGCCGCAUCUUCGGCGCUCGCUAGGAGCCGGACUCCCCCGAGCUCCCGGCGUUCGGCCUGGCCAUGGCUCCGGUCGCGCUGAUGCCGCGGCUGCUGCUGUUGCUGCUGGCAUCGCUGCCCGCUACCUCCGCCCUGCCUGCCCGCGACCCAUUCGCCCCGCAGCUCGGGGACACGCAAAACUGCCAGCUGCGGUGCCGCGACCUCGGCCCGCGGCCCUCGCAGGCAGAGCUGGAGGGCCCCUCCCAAUCUCCCUAUGACAAGGCGGUUCUGAUCAGCGCCUGCGAGCGAGGCUGCCGCCUCUUCUCCAUCUGCCGGUUUGUAGCCAGGAGCUCCAAGCCCAAUGCCACCCAGACUGAGUGUGAAGCAGCCUGUGUGGAAGCCUACGUGAAGGAGACAGAGCAGCAGGCUUGUAGCCAGGGUUGCUGGAGCCAGCCCCCAGAGCCGGAGCCAGAGCCGGAGCAGAAGAGAAAGGUCCUGGAAGCUCCAAGCGGGGCCCUAUCACUCCUGGACUUGUUUUCCACCCUCUGCAAUGACCUUGUCAACUCAGCCCAGGGCUUCGUGUCCUCCACCUGGACGUACUACUUGCAGACUGACAAUGGGAAGGUGGUGGUGUUCCAGACCCAACCUGUAGUAGAGAGCCUUGGGUUCCAAGGGGGACGUCUGCAGCGAGUAGAGGUGACCUGGAGGGGAUCUCACCCUGAGGCCUUGGAGGUGCAUGUGGACCCUGUAGGCCCUUUGGAUAAGGUGAGGAAGGCCAAGAUCCGAGUCAAGACCAGCAGUAAGACCAAGGUGGAGUCUGAAGAGCCACAGGACAACGACUUCCUCAGCUGCAUGUCUCGGCGCUCGGGGCUGCCUCGCUGGAUCCUGGCCUGCUGCCUCUUCCUGUCUGUGCUGGUGAUGCUUUGGCUAAGCUGCUCUACUAUGGUGACUGCACCCGGCCAGCAUCUCAAGUUCCAGCCUCUGACCCUGGAGCAGCAUAAGGGUUUCAUGAUAGAGCCAGACUGGCCUCUGUACCCUCCCCCAUCGCAUGCCUGUGAGGACAGCCCACCACCUUACAAGCUGAAGCUGGACCUGACCAAGCUGUAGGCCUCCACUGCCCCAAGUAUUGCCAAGUGCGUUCAGGGGCCCCUCACUUCUCGCUUGCCCUGUACCCAGAAGCCCAAGGCCAGCGUGGGACCACUCUUGGGCUCUUCCACCCCCAAGUUCUUUUUCUCCCCCCAGUAUCACCCUUCAGCCCCCUAAGUCAUGGUAAAAUGAUCCCUCAGCUGGGGGGGGUACUGGCAUCUGGCCUUGGUUUCUCCCCAUCCCCACUCUCCCAGGGGUAUGCUACUUUUCGUCUUCUAUCUUGUGGCUUUCUGAGUAUAUGAACUCCAGUCCUGUGUCUUCUUCUUCCUCUCCUCUCUGGGAGAUGGCUGAGGCUGCAGAGGUGCUGCCUCCUACUAGGGUCUGUGCCCCUUCUUUUCUUCCCCCCUUCAGAGACCCAGCUCCCAAGAGAGGGCAGUGCGGGGGAACUCUGUGCUGGAGGGAGGACUGGUGGGGCCACAGCAUGGGUGGGGAGGA